AUGUUUGCAUUGGGGUCGCUCACUCUUCCCACGUCCCUCACACCCACACACGUGCACAUGCAUGUAUCUAUGCUGCAUGCUCUCAUCCGUACUGACUCGUGUGCACUCACCACCCGCACCCCACCCACGUCCGUUCACCCCCACCGCGUGGGUCACUGUGCCGCCUCGCCACACAGGUGCCUCAACUCAGGCAAGUUGAGGCGGCAGGAGGCGAAGCUGGGGGCUGGAGAUGCCCCCUUCUUGUUCUCCCCUUUUUUUAACCCCUCACGUCUCCCUUUUCUCACAGGCAGCAAUGUAGCGGCGGGAAAUUAUGAGGGGGCAUGUGCUAGCAGGGUUGAAAACACUGGUUGCUAUGCUAAAGGAGAUCCUCCCUCUCUCCUCCUCCUCCCACUCAACCCUCCAACACGCGCACGAGAGCAGGGAGCUAUGAGGUUGCGUGUGCUGGCAGGGCUGAAGGAAGUGGGGCAGGUGGUGCGCAGUGGGAGGCCCACAUGUGUGGUGCUGGCGCCGGUGCUUAUUAUGGAAGAGGUGCCUGGGAAAGGUGGACUUGACACGGCCCUCACAUCCAUCCUAUCAAAUGCCACCGCACGCAGCAUGCCCAUUUCCAUAUUCCAAGUAUCCCUAUCCAACCACCCACCCCAUACUUGCCUCCCCAUUCUCCCACUGCACGUAGCAACCCCCCCACCCAACCCCACCCGCCCCUCCUCCCUCUCCCCUCGCCCCCACAAUGGCUCCCAUGGCAGCAUCCAUCAUCAGGCAGUCUUGACACUCCUCUUUCAUCCAUCCCGUGGUAGUGGCUCUCUCCAGACGCCGACUCGCCAAGGUACGCCUGGCGGAAGGAAGCACCCACGUCUAGUGGCCACUGGAGCUCAACACACUGCUGACCACACUGCUGGCGAAGCUGCUGCGAUUCCAAGUCAGGGGAAGCGGCUGGCUGGUGCUGGUUUGGUUGAAGGAGGUGGGGCGGGUGGUGCGUGGCUAAAGGGGAUCGGUUCUCUCUCCUCAAAAGGAGAUCAACCCCUUCUCCACUCAAGGAGGUGGGGCGGGUGGUGCGUGGCUAAAGGGAAUCCGUCCUCUCUCCUCAAAAGGAGAUCCACCCCUUCUCCACUCAAGGAGGUGGGGCGGGUGAGUCCGUAUGGAGAGGUGAAACUGGAGAAUGUACUGUCGGUUGAGAAUUUAAAGGUGAAUCUGGUGAGUCAGUCACAACUUGAUGACAUGGGGUGCAAGAUAUUUUAUGACAGUGGUAAGGUUGCAGUGUUUGGUCCUGAGUGGGAGAAGUAUACGGAUGGUUACUUCAGUGACGGGUUCUAUGAGAUGAACUUGAUAGCGAUGAACGAUAAAGAUGAGAUCUAUGAGGAUCCUGCGUACAGUGAGAUGGGAGAAUUGAAUGAGUUAUCCAAUGAGGUUGAAAAGAGUGAGGACUCGAAGAAUACGGGAGCAAGUGUGGAGGCAGCAGUGAAGCAGGAAGAGGAGAUAGUCACCAUGGAGGCAGCAGUGAAUGGUGGAGAUGAAGAUGGUGUCAACACUUUUGCUGCAGCGAUCGUGGUUGAAGACGAAGCAGUAAAUGCGAAGUGUGAGGGCGUUGAAGCUGUGAAAGGGGACAUCAAGGAGAAGGGAUCAAAGGUGAAUGCACCUGCAAAGGGACGAGUGCUGGUAAAAGAGGAACACGUUGAAGGGUACGAGACCCAAGAGGUGUUGGGUGUUGAGAUGACGAGGAGAAGCGAGAGGCUCAAGAAAAUCUCUCAAGGUUUGGAUGUCAAGGCGCUCAACUUCAAGACACGUAAGCAGAAGUUCAAGGUGCAUGAGCUGCAGGGGAGCGUGAAGCCGACAUAG